AUGAGACCUGAAAACAAAAGUUAUCUUGGCUUAUUGCUACUGUCGAUCUCUGCUCUCUUUCUGAUAUCUGUCAGCGCCAGGAUACCCAACCAAGCCGCACAAAGUGACUUUACAAUGCCUCACAGAUCAUCGAAUCCACCGUACAAAGGAGAUUAUUUUGUUCCGUAUCCAUCACAGGUUCCGUUUGACGUCGCUGGUUACACUGUUGCACCCGUGAAUCUUCAACUGGAGCAGGUGCACGUAUACGUGCGCCAUGGCGAACGCACCCCGGUUGGUAUCCGACUUGCAGGCCCUCCAGCAAAUAUUCCAGAACACUGGAUGAUGUGUAAAACGGCUCGCCGGUUCAAGGCCGCUGUGACAGGGUUCGUGAAUGCAAACCCAGAUACGGCCGAGGUCCCUCAGACAAGGAAGGUUGUGGAGAGACGCGAUGGGAGGUCAGCAGAUGGGGAGUGUCUAUUAGGCGAGUUGACGGAUAUCGGAAGACAGUCCACUUUUAGCUUCGGGAAAGGCUUGCGAAGGCUUUAUAUAGAGAAGUUGGGAUUUCUCCCAGAUACGAUCCAAGACACAAAAGCAGUGUACUUCCGUACCACAAAUAUCCCAAGAACUACAGAAUCGCUACAGCAAAUCAUCCACGGACUAUACCCUACAAGCAAGUGCCACCCGGCCGCCAUACCCCCCAUUCUGAUACGCAACGGAAAAGACGAGAACUUGAUCGGUAACACCUACGGAUGCAAACGUCUAGAAAUUUUACUCGUCAGUUUCGCGAAAGCCGCUGCUGAAGCGUUCAAUCAUACACUAGAACAUCUUGACCCCAAGCUUUCCAAAUAUCUCGACGGGAACCCAAUACGUAUAGACGGCAAACCACGAGCUUCGGGCGUUCUUGAUACGGUCCGUGCAGCGACUGCUCAUGGCCUAAAAGUCCCAGCGGAAUUUGAAGACCCGACAGUCAUUGAUCUCAUCGAAAGGGCCGUAGUGACUGAAUGGUUCGCAGAUAAGACCGAAGAAGUCCGCCGGUUAGGUAUGGGCCCGCUGCUGGGCGACAUGAUAGGCAAGAUGCAGCAUAAAGUCGACCAUGGGGAUAAGGACCCUUUGAAGAUUCUCGUUCAUAGUACGCAUGAUACUGCCAUUGCGGGGUUGUGCGCUACUUUGGAUGUGUUUGAUGAGAAAUGGCCAGCCUUCACAGCUGCGAUCACCUUUGAACUCUUCAAGAAAUCGGGUGACUCGGCUAACCAGGACAAAUCUCCCAAUUACCCUCAAUCUUUCUUGCCCUUCCUAGUAAAAACAACCCCCACACAGCACUACGUCCGAAUGCGAUACCAGCACAAAAACCUCAUCCUUCCCCUGUGCGCUGGCCCAGGCAGACACUUAGAAGGCCACCCUGAAAUUUGUACGCUCGCUGCGUUCCGGGAACGAGUGAGCGAGUUGGUACCCGAUGAUUGGGAUGCGGAGUGCUUACCUGCUGGGAGGCUUUGA